CCACCGGAGAGGAAGCGGCGGAGCGCGAGCUCUCGGGGAAAAAGUGUCAACAGUUUGGGGGAGACGGCUCGACCCGACGCUCGGCUCCGGGACUCGGUGGUGGCAGCGGCUCAGGGAACUUGUCAGCGGCUUCUAAGUUUGCGUUUAAAACCGUGAGGUUCGUCUCAAAGUUGAGCCGAGGUGGAGUUCUCUCAUUCAGGAUGUCGGACUGAGACAAAGGGUCUGGGGGGACAUUCCCGUCGGAGCGGUGAGCGGCACAUGUGUGGACCGCGGCGGUGCAAAGUUGAGCAGGGAACCAGUUGACUCUUGAACUCUCCUCUGGAUGGGAAAGAUGGAGAGGGAGCUGCAAUGGUGGAAAGGCCAGCUAGCUGCAGAUAUCCACCAGUCCCUCCGCAUCAAGGAGCUGAAGUUACCGGUGUACCGGGCUCACUCGCCACAGAUUGGAAUGCGACGGUACUUCGCGGACUUGCUGGCCAUCCUCAGUAAUCGGUAUCAGCUAUGUCCUACAGCACGCCACCUGGCCGUCUACCUGCUGGACUUGUUCAUGGACCACUAUGAUGUGGCCGUCAAGCAGCUCUAUGUGAUCGCCCUCUCCUGUCUGCUCCUAGCCAGUAAAUUUGAGGAGAAAGAGGACCGGGUUCCCAAACUGGAGCAGCUGAACUCUCUGGGUUUCAUGUGCAGCCUGAACCUGGUUCUUAACAAGAAGGAUCUGAUCAAGAUGGAGCUCCUGCUGCUGGAGACCUUUGGCUGGAAUCUGUGCAUGCCCACACCCGCCCACUUUAUUGACUACUACCUCCACGCCUCUGUGCAGGAGGGUGACCUGUACAACGGCUGGCCCCUAUCCUCCCUCUCCAAGACCAAGGCUUUCAUGGACAAAUACACUCAUUACUUCCUGGAAGUCUCAUUGCAAGAUCACGCCUUCCUGAGUUUCCGACCGUCUCAGGUCGCCUCUGCGUGUGUGGCAGCCUCUCGCAUUUGUCUGCAGAUUUCCCCAAGCUGGACGACAGCUCUGCAUCUGCUAACAGGCUACACCUGGGACCACCUCACCCAGUGCAUUGAACUUAUGCUGCUUGCUCAUGACAACGAUGUAAAGGAGGCCAACAAAACCAAAUCCACUCCUCCUCACCGUCCCUCGUCCCUGCAGUCUCAGCCCCAUAUCUCUCACCUCUCUCCAGUGUCAGCCAUCCAGAGACCGACCUCCUCCUCGUCCUCCACCUCUUCCACACCACAGCUGCUCUUUCAACCUGAUGGCUUCCCACACCUCUCCCAGCAUUCCCCGUCCCUAUCCCAUCUGCAAGCGCUUGCUGACUCCCAGGCUCUGGGGCCCAUGGGAAACAUGUCUCAGGAUUUCCUUCAGACCCACAGGAUGGGUUUGUUAACUGGGGUUCCCUCCCUGACUCCUGGGAAUGGGUUCGCCUCUUACCCAAGCCUGACCGCAGGUCUUCAGCCGGUAACACGUGCGCUGCCGCUCCAGGGCCCGAUUUCUGUACAGAUGGCUCUCGCAGGUGAGCCACGGCACUGUCUGAGUAUGGCCUACAGCGGGGGCUACCUGGGGGCUCAUCACACCUUUGCAGCCGGCUGCUUUGACAGGUGACGCCAGGAGACGGAGAGAGAUCGCAAACCGCCGCGGGAGUGCACUUCUGUGCUCUCAUCCCGGCUCCCGACCCUGAAAUAUCCACUCACAGACCUCCUCUCUCUCUCCGUCGGCACGGCAACACCGUCAGCACAUCCAGCCCCCCCGCCCAUCUCACAGACACGCCUCAAACGCAAGCAAAGGUCCAAAGGCAAGAUGGACCCGGUGGAAGUCAUCACACUGUCGUGACAAACGCUCCACUGGCUCAUGAAAUACUGAGGCAUUGCAAAAAUGUUAUUGCAAUACUCUGAACUGGUUUUUCUAGAUCUGUGUUAUUGUUGACUGUCAUCACUGUGAAUGAGAUGAAAGCAGCAGUGUGAUCGAACACCCACCUCAUUCAGUGCCUGAGCUCAGUUGUGUGAUAGCUGAGCCAAUUUUAGAAGUGCACAGAGCAGCAGUAUCUGGGAUAAGGAUAUCUUGCUGCUUGACAUGUUUUCUUUCCUUCAUUUCCUAAUCCAAAUUUUUUUUUUACAAAUGUAAGGGGACAAAUUGGCUGGAAUUGUGUCUUGAGCCGUCAUUUAGAGGCGAGGGAAGAAGAAACAGAGGCUUGUUGCUGAUUUGUCAAGAAACGAGGCUAUGCACGUUACUGAAAUGUUUAGGUUGCGUGUCCUCAAUGUCAGCAAACAUUGAUCUAAUGUAAGCCCUGUUUGAGCUGAAGGGCCCCUCUGGGAAUUCCUCACCACAUAAGACCUCAGAGGGGACGAAGAAUUCAUUGUUUUGUUCACAGCAGGUGACGUCCGCUGCUCGAACGUGCCUGUGGUGUGACUUCUCUCUCUCUCUCUCUCUCUCUCGUUCCUCUCCUCACUGUCAUUGUCAUCUCUUCUCUCCCACCUCCAAAGUCGAGCCUUGUGGCAGAGCCAUCACACACAUGUGUGAUAAUGUGGCUGGCUUGAAGCUGCAGGCUUUGUCGCACUAAAGUUUGAAUUUCUCCAACAUCCGCCGCUCAAAGACUUGAACACAAACCUAUGUGACUGGACCAGCGCGGUGAAGGAGACGUGGACUUUGGUUGUGUAUUGUACAUAUGAAUUGCUGCUGCCUUCUUAUGACCUGUUGGUUCUGUGUCUGUGUUAAUGACUCCAAUGUUUACAUGAACCACUAAGUAUCAGGGACUUUAACAAGAUUACUUGAAUAUGAUGCCAUUGAAACAUGCCAUAGCUUUUAUUUAUAACGACUCUUUUUUUGAUUUAUUUUUGAUUUGUAUUCAUUUUGUUUGAUGUAGUGUAGCCUUUUUUAUACCAACAUAGAAAAAAAACAUUUGUUAAUAAUAUUUUUUGUACCUUUUCAUAGUAAUUGUAUUUUCAGGCUCAGGUUUAUGGCUGAAUUCGCAGCCCACUCAUUACUCUGUACUCUUAUGCUUUAAAGCGGAUGCUCCUGCAGCAUCUGUGGGGUCUGAAAUGUCCCCUUUUUCAUCACUGGACCAUACACUGCUGAAAACUCAGUAAAUGAACGCACAAAAUGGUGCGCUUUGCAUGGCUGUGGAACAACCUCGUGGAACAACCUCGUGGUCACUGCGUUCACACAAAAACGUCUGUAGCCGGUGUAAUUGCUUCCAAGAUUUCUAAAGCUGCGAUCCCCACUCUUCCACUUCCUGUCAGAGUUUAAACGCAUCCAGACUCGCGGUGCCAGUAGCUCACUAGUUACCAUGGCAAUACUUUGAAUGACUAUCCCAAGUUCCGGGAUGUCGUUAACUGAAUUGGUUUUGUAACUAACCUUCUUUUCCGCCAUGGUUAUUAUCUUGAUUUAAUGGUCUAAAUCUCAAACAUUUUAUUAAUUUACUAUCAUAGUCCCUAAAAUAAUGUAAGCAUGUGAAAGUUUCAGGUGCACCUGUGAUAUCUGUCAGACCACAGUGCAUUUCAGCUUGUUAUGUUUCUGUGUGGAAAUGAGAGAACAGGAGUUGGUUGACUGUGGUAAACUUGGAAAGACAUUUACAGAUUUUGACGUUACAGAUUGAUAACUAAAAAACAAAACAUCCAUAAAACACAAGCCAAGUCUCCUUCCAAUCAGAGUAUAAUACACAACCAGCUACCGAUUUAUAUCACUUUUCCAAAGUGAGAGUUGUAUUCGGUCCAGGAGGAGACUGUUUAUAUGUGUAUUGAUUUGGGUGACUCUGCACUCUCCAGCAUUGAUCCUUAUUGAAUAUUUUUACAUGUGUUUUUGGCCGGUUGUGUACAUUAAUCUGAUUUGAAGGAGGAUUAGCUUCUGUUGUAUGACAGAUAUCAGAUGCCCAAGCAAAACUUUUUUUUCCCCCCCAUGUCCCCUUAUGGGCUCUGUAGAAUUCUACAUUCAACACUUGAUAAAUUUUCUCUCAGUCGACAAAUCCAUUAACCAUUUCAGCUGGAAAAUGGGUUUAAACCAGCACCUGCUAAGUGUUGUUUGCUUGUUCUGGGGGAUAUCAUUCCACAAAAUAUGUUGUAUAUUUGUUGCAAUUCCUCACAGACCUAGCUUUUCACAUAUACAGAUCUUAAGUUGACUCUUACAUUUCAAACUGUUUAUUUUGUAGACUCGAGACAUCUUACAGUGUCACAGCUGCCAUUCACAGUCGGACCUGUGCAUCUCUUAGAUAACACUACAUGAACCCCACUGAACACUAUGACACUCUGAGUAAUAUUAUCAUUAAUCGCCAGAUGUUUUACAGCCAGAUGUUUUUUCCCACCACUGAAAAGGACUAGCUAAUCUGCUUUUCCAGUGAUGGGAACUGAUAUACUAUGCCUUUGUUUUGCUAGCUUUUCUGUACAGUUUUGUUGUAUAUUUUUUUAACAUUCCCUUUGUUUUAUUUGUACUUUUGUUAAAAGCUUUUUUCCAAUUCUCUUGACAAAUGAUGUGGUUGUGAAAUAGUUUUUUUUUUUUUUUUCGUCAGAGUUCAACUUGCUCUUUUUUCCUCAUCAUCCAUGAGCAACUUCUCACUGAGGUGUCAAAGGUGCAAUAAGUUGUUUUUGUUUUCCUGUUUAAACUGACCACAGUCAUCACUGUCUCGUGUGCACCACUGGUUCAUCUUUUUAAGUUAUUUUUGAUAAUUGUGUGAUUUGACUUGCUGUAGCUUGGUUUCCUCGACAGGGCAGAGGGCUCUGAACACAAUGAAUAUGUUGCAUAUUGCAGCAACUUCCUUUUGAGUGAUAGUUAUAAUUGAAUGCUUUUGUCUUUUAGCUAGAGAUGUACUGGGCAUUUUUCCGUCCCCGAAAGGUGCUGAUGUCACCCACACCAAAAAAAACCAACACUUGUCUAUUGUGAUAGUAAUGAAACUACACCACAAACUCCCACUAAUAUUUUUGUAUGAUAUUACUUUUUUUCUUUCUUUUUUUGUCAAUCUGUAGUUUGGCUUUAUGUGACACUGAACGAUGGAAGGAAUUCCUUUAUCAUAAUGUGCCAUGGAAAAAUAAACCACACCAGUGAACCGAG